UCAGCUGUAGUAAACAGUCCGUGGCUACACCGAACAGCUGUGCAAUGUGCACAGAGAGCAAAACAGCUUGUAUACAUUAAUGUAAGGACACUGAUUCGGACGAAAGCUCGGAAAUAUCUUCGAGGUAAAAAUGCGCUGCCAGAUUCUGAAAUGCAUAUCCAGGGGGUGACUGAGUAUCAUUAGUUAUUGAACAGAGGCAAGACAUAGGUCCUCUCUGUCAACCAUGAGUGCACUCGUGGAGCCAGGUGAUGUCCACACCAUUGCCCCCGAGAUGCCAGCCAUGUUUGAGGGCAUGAAGCUGGCUGCCGUAGCAACGGUGCUCUAUUUCCUGGUGCGCUGUCUGAAUCUGAAGAGUCCCACCGCCCCGCCUGACAUCACCUAUCGGGACACGCCCCUCAAUCGCUAUCUGCUCAAGUCCUGCCCCAUCCUGACCAAAGAGUACGAACCGCCGCUGCUGUGGGGGAAGAGUGGACACCUCCAGACGGCCCUGUAUGGGAAGCUGGGGCGUGUCAGCUCCCCAAACCCCUGUGGGGUGCGCAAGUACCUCCUCAUGCAGGAUGGGGCCACUGCCACCUUUGACCUCUUCGAGUCACUGGGGGACCACCGCACUGGAGAUGACAUCACCAUGGUGAUCUGCCCGGGGAUUGGUAACCACAGCGAGAAGCACUACAUCCGCACCUUUGUGAAUCACUCCCAGAGGCAGGGGUACAGGUGUGCUGUUCUCAACCAUCUGGGGUCCCUGCCCAACAUCGAGCUCACCUCGCCGCGCAUGUUCACCUACGGUUGUACAUGGGAGUUUGCAGCCAUGGUAGGUUCCAUCAAGCGGGCCUUCCCCCAGACACUGCUCAUCGUGGUGGGCUUCAGCCUAGGGGGGAACAUUGUGUGUAAGUUUCUGGGGGAGAACAGGAUCAACCAGGAGAGAGUGUUGUGCUGCGUCAGUGUCUGCCAGGGAUACAGCGCACUCCGGGCCCAGAAGACGUUCCUACAGUGGGACCAGUGUCGGAGGCUCUAUAAUUUUCUCAUGGCAGACAACAUGAAGAAGAUAAUCCUCUCCCACCGGGGCAGUUUGUUUGGGAUGAACUCGAGCAAGAUGGAGGACGCAGACCUGAGCCGACUGUACACAGCUACCUCCCUCAUGCAGAUCGAUGACAAUAUCAUGAGAAAGUUCCAUGGUCACGACACGCUGAAAGAGUACUACGAGAAGGAAAGCUGCGUACACUACAUUCACAAUAUCAAUGUGCCUCUACUGCUGGUCAACUCCUCAGAUGACCCUCUGGUCCAUCGGUCACUUCUGACCAUCCCACGCACACUCGCAGAAAAGAAGCAGAAUGUGAUCUUCGCCCUGACGCUCCACGGGGGUCACCUGGGCUUCUUCGAGGGGGCUGUGCUGUUUCCCCAGCCCCUCACCUGGAUGGACAAGGUUAUCGUGGGCUAUGCCAACGCAAUAUGCCAGUGGGAAAGACACAGACCGCCCUGCCUGAGGACACGUCGUGGACCCUGUCCACAGGCCGACGGGACUCCUAGUUUGUAAGGACACAUACGCCCACGAGAGAAGGCUGAACCCUGUAUUCUUCAAAAGGGGGACGGGGAUGAUCUAUGGGCACAGUAGCUCGCCUGACUUUGUCGGACUAUAGCUUUGCUUUGAGAAACACAGCAUUCAGCUGCGAAUGACAUUCAUUGAAAGCCUUACCCAUGGACUCCAGUCAGUCGAAUGGAUGGCACUCGCUCCUCUAAACGUGGAUACACUGUGUAACCUGCACAUGCUGGUGAACUGCUACAAGACCUCCACAGUGGCUUAUUUAUUGGUCAGUUCUGUGGAAAAGACUGGAGAGGAGAUUUAGCUUCUGUGUGCAAAGUCCCAGCCAGCACCCCUUGGUUCUCACACUUGGGUUGCUACUUGGUCCCGACUCUCCCUAGCUGUUUGUUCCCGAGUGUGUACUGUUGUCGUGAGGGUGAAUAGCACUCGGGGGGUUUCAAAUGGGAGCUCUGGGAGGUUGAAACUCUGAAGGCUUUUGUUAAGCAGAGAAAUAGAAUUCCUAGAACAGACAUUUAUUUCUAUGUUAAGCUUCUUUAGCUCUUUUUAAUAAUUGGGUCAAAAUCUGGUCUGGGCUCUAGUUCUAGGCUAAUAGGCACUACUUUCCUGGCCCUAGAGAUACUAUAUUUUGUCUUCACAUUGUCAAAGUGCCUCAAACAUAAAAAAAUAAAGUUUAAAAAAAUGAUUUCAAACCAAGAAAGGAUGGCAAUGGUUUAAAGUACUUCAUGACUAUUUUCAAUAUGCAUACAUAGUGUUCAAGGACCACACUCUGUAAAUAUCUGACAUUCUGAGGAAGCACCCAAUCCUACCCAGAACACAUUAAUGACAAGUUCCCUUCUCCUGUACUCUAUACUUGGUGGAACAGCCUCUGAAAUUCUCACAUGGUUGGCUUGCACUACACAGCACUCUACUUCUGAGAAUCAAAUGCAUAGAUUUUUAUAUAUUGUAACUUGAGUUGUGAGUAUAGGAAUGUUUCUGACCUUUUCUAAGUAGUUGAUUCUUACAAGUCGAGUGCACUGACUAAAGUCCUUAUUCACAGCCACUGUGCUAUUUCAGUCAUUCAGUUGGUUUGCCUGAGUAGCCCAUGUUCAAUGGUGCAAUGUCAAUGACACUUUAUUCUGGUAUGCACGUUUUGGAGAUUUCACUGUAGGACCAACCAAACUCCGCCCACCUGGGGCAACGGGCGACACAAAACAAGCGCACCCACCAUUGAGCAUUGGUUAUUUGAGUUGAUUGAUUUAACCCAAUAGGGAACUGACUGUCAAGGUUUGCCAUGAACAUUGUGUGUCUACCUGAAUCAUUGAACUCACCCAACAGCUAAGAUUAAAAUUGAAGCCACGUUUAGGUUUGUUGCUGUUGUGAAAUAAUAUAUAGGUAUGCGCUACAGAUGUAGACCCCAGUUGUCCUCAAUUGAAAUACCAAAACACAUGUGACUUGGUCUUCUUCCUUAUAUGGGCAAAGUCACAUGGUUAAAAAAAAUAAAUUAACACAAAGAAGGUUGAGGUUACCUUGUGUACCGUAAGUUUAGUCUGACAGCGUCUUUGUUUUUUGUUCUCGUUUUCCCUUUUUCCAGGUAAUAUUUUCGCUGUUCUUUUUAAGAGAUAUUUGUUGGGAACUGUUGUUAAAAAAAAAAAAAACAUUGUUUCUGUAAAAAAAAAAAAAAAUGGUGUGGUUCCUGAGAUGUAGAGCACAGACUAAGUUGUCUUAAAUACUCUGGUCGAGAUUCAGUCAAAGGCGCAUUGUAGACAAACGUACUUCCCUUUUGAAGGUAAUUUGCACUUGACCAGACUUCUGAAUGUGAUCUCUGCACGUGUCAGGGAAUUUGGGGUUAUAUUGAUCAGUGCAGUGCGUUUGUUGACAAUGCGCCUUUGAUUGAAUCCAGGGCUCUGUCUUUUUAUUUGCGCUUGUCUGUUCUAUUCCAUGUAUAAGAAUGAACCAAGUUACUGUGAUAUCAUUGGGUAGAUGAGAGAAGAGUUGCUGGACUUGGAGCCUUGCAGAGAGAACAAGGUCAUGUCAUAACUUCCACUAUUUUUCCCUAUGGAAUUCAUCCUUUGUUUGCCUUUUAUUUUGUUUACAACCCCUAUAGAUGUACAAUGCUGUUCAGUCAUUAUAAUGUAGAAUCACAACUUGGCGUGAUGUAUAAAGUAAUCGUGUGUGUUUUGGU